AUGCUUUUCUCAACUCUGUUAAAAACAUCUGAAAGGAGGGUCAGUAGCAUGAAAGUCUUUAGCAGGAGUGAUAGAUAGAUGUGCAGAAGGAUGAACUUCUGACUUCUUUUAAGUGAUGCUUUAUGAUGGAGGGAGCACUGUGUUGUGUGUCAUGUGUCAGGGCAGACUUGAGCAGUAGGGAGGGAGAGUGUGUGUCUUUUUAGAGUUUUUCUCCCAGUUGUUCCACCUCUCCAUCUGAAAGCAGCAGCCACAGCACUCUGUGUUUUUUUUUUCUUUCCCCUCCUCAAUUGUGGAGAAAACCCACCAGGUGAUGGAAGCUAUGUUGACUGCAUACUUGAGUCUGCUGUUUCUCGUUUCCUUGGUUUGCUGCGUCCCCCCUCCAUCCAGACCUCCAUCCAGACUCUGCAGACGAUGCUGCGACCAGCUGGAUCCUCCAGCCACCACAGCACAUUAUCAGAUGCCUGAAGUCAAAACGGUCAUCAACAUGACCAUUCUUAAAGGUGACAAAGGUGACAGAGGAGACAAAGGCACACAUGGGAAACCAGGUCUGGAGGGGCCCCCUGGACAGCGAGGACCCAUGGGGCCGAAAGGCAGCAAAGGCCAGGCAGGUGCUCCCGGAGACGCCUGCAAGAUCCCUCAGUCUUCCUUCUCCGUGGGGCGUCGCAAGUCUCUGCACAGUGUGGACUAUUACCAGGCUCUGAUCUUCGACACCGUGUUUGUUAAUAUCUAUGAGCAUUUCAACAUGUUCAAAGGCAAAUUCUACUGCUAUGUGCCAGGGAUCUACUUCUUUAACAUCAAUAUCCACACCUGGAACUUCAAGGAGACCUACCUGCACCUUAUGCACAACGAUAAAGAGAAAGUGAUCCUUUACGCUCAGCCUAGUGAGAGGUCUAUCAUGCAGAGUCAGAGCGUAAUGUUGGAUCUGGCUCUGAAUGAUGAGGUCUGGGUCCGGCUCUACAAACGGGAGAGGGAGAACGCCAUUUACAGCGAUGAUGUGGAUGUUUACAUAACAUUUAAUGGAUACCUUGUAGCACCAAGCAUGCAGUAAAACUGGAACAAAAUGGAAAUGCCAUAGAGGUUGGGUUAUUCACCAUUUUCUUUCUGAAAAUGCAUACUUUUUAUUAAAAGGAUUGAAUUUAUUUUAGUAGAGGACAUUGAAAAAGUGGUGCUAUUAAAUAUUCCUUUCACCCUUGAGAGGAUAAAAAUGCUGUUUUUAAUAACGGGGGUUUAAAAAUAAAAGGGACUAAAAAAUGGUGGUAGCAUUAAGCAGUAUUUGAAAAAGACAGACAUCUUUCCUUGGUGCUUAAAUCACAUUUUUUCUAUUUUUGUGUGAUGCUAUUGGUUAACCUGAAAUCACAGCUUUUAAACCCACUAUGAAAUCUUCUUUUAGGACGUAUAAAACCUAAACCUAAGUUCUGUUGAGCUUCUGGAAUGACUUUAGUGUUUCAUUGUGGCCUUCAGAAAUGGACCCUGCUAUGGGGGUUAAUGAAAAUGAUUAGAUAAUGUGUUUUCAAAAGUUCUUAUUGCAUAUUUUGUGCCAAAGGAAAUCAAAUUAAUUGUGCAUAAUUUUGACAGUGUGUUUAUUGGAAACAUCAUUUCAGCACAGCAGUGGCAAUAUCCUGCUGUGUAGGUGCUUUACAGUAUAAAACAGAAAGAAAGCAGUAGGGGAAUAUUGGGGUGACAAGAAGACUUCAGCUGGGAAGUUAAAACAUAUUUCCACAUGAAU